CGUUGUUCAAUUUUCGUUCGCUUUUUUACUUUUAGCAAUGUCACCGUUGUAUUCCUGUUCGUAUUUCAUCAUCACCUCAUCUUUUCCGUAGUUGUCGCCACCAUUCUACCCACUAGACAGAUAUCAGUUGCCCGUUUCUGGAGUCGUGAGAAGUAACAGAGAUCAGCUGGCAGCUGUCUGCCCAAGCUGCAAGAGAGGCGCUUUCUUGCGAUGUCAAUCCUGGCCUGGUGGAGUUUUAUAGUUUACUGAUGGCCUGAUCUUGGUAUCCCCGUCGUAUUCAGAUUCAAAGAGAGGCUUACCUGGUUUCCGGCUAUGGCUGGUCGCCAUGGUCGGCUUCGAAUUGUGCUCGUCGCUGUCAUGGCAACGGUACUUUCGCUGCGCAUGGCCAAGGGUCAGGGCUCUCCGUCAUCGGCGCGAUGUGUUCAACAUUUCAACACGUACCUGUGCUCGCGAUUAGGCCUGCUGACGAUACCACUUCCCAUUCCUGCAACAAGCACUUACCUCUUCUUGGACCACAAUGCCAUUUCGGUGUUGGGCGAGAAGGCGUUCGGUGACUCCACACAUCUCACACACAUAUAUCUGAACCAUAACACGAUAUCACGGCUUUCGGCUCUUGCCUUCUCGGGUCUCGUGCACCUGCAUACUUUACUCCUCAAUAACAACAAAAUUUCACGAUUGCCGGCCAAUCUUUUUCAUGAUUGUACAUCAUUGAAACUGUUAAACCUGUCCAGCAACAGUUUAGCAGUUCUUCCAGGGGCCUUGUUCAGUAACGCCUCUGCUCACGCUCGCAGCCUGGAUUUGACUGAUAAUCCUCUUCGGAAGACCUACCAGCUGUGCAGUGUAGUUUCAUUCGUGACUGGCACAUCUGACAGGCCGGCAGUCAACACCCGAUCAACCGUGCAAUUGAGUGAUGCACUCAUGCAAUUCUACACAGCCACCAUCAACCCGGCAGUGUGCGCCAGUGACUGCAACUCGGUGUCGUCCACUGUACUACCUUGUCCGGAAGACUCCACAUGUGAUGGGACUGUGGCCAGACACGACUGCACCAUUUUGACAGCAUCUGGACCAAAGUUAUUGCCAGUGCGUGGCGGUCAGCAGUGUCCGAUGCACACGCUGGUGGAGGACGGCAUAAUUGUUGGCCAGUCGGACAGCAUCACGGCAGAACUCUACUGUCGCACCGGAUACUCUGUGGCCGGUGAUAAGAUCUUCACUUGUCACCUGCCACAUGCGCCCGACGCUGGUCUCAACACCACUUGGACCGGGACCGGUACAUGCAAAGUCUCUAAGUUCGCUGCAUCACAAGGCUUCCUGCUGAUCGUGUUACCAUCGGUCUUGGGCUUCCUGGCGCUGGUAUUCAUGUGCACUACGGCCAUGUACUGCAUGCGUGGUAGCAGCUACAAUUUCCCAGCGCUGCCCAAGGAAUCAUGUGAACGCAUAAUGCACCUUGGUGUGCAACCGGUAUCCAGCGACAAGUCACAGCUUUCUAUGGGCGACGAGAAGACACCCAAGAUGAUCGUGGAAACCGCCAUGCAUGCGCCGGCGUCAGCGGCGUGCAUCAGAGCGUCUAUCUCGGACCCGGACCAGUACAUCGACAUGACGGCGACAUGCAGAGACGCGCAUGCUCGCAGCGUAUCCACGACAACCGCUGUCAGCCCGGCGACCAAGGCAGGCAUGAUGGCGGACGGGCACGAGGUGGUGCACGAAGCCCCCGAGUAUUUUGAGCUGCAGAAGAGGAGCGCCUGGACGGCUCGAAACAGCGUGAGCUCAAUCGUCAUACCGGCACCACCGACGAGCAUACUCGAGUCCAAGACGUAUUGUGACUGGCAACCCAGCACCUGGCAGCAGAGAACCAGCUCCUGUGGAUCUAGCUCGGCCGGCGGAGCAGUACCAACCUCUGGUGAGGCAAACGCUCGCGGUCUAGCUGGAGCAGCGAAUGAUGACAUGGAUGACUGGAUGGAUCCCGCCGCUAGCAAUGGCGAGCAGAGCGACGGGCAGGAGCAUGAGCAGGAGCCCAUUGAGGGCAUAUCCACUGGGUGUCGGAAUGUCCGCAAGGCGACAACUGUGGCACACGACUCUCCCUUGGGCAGUGAUGCCGAAGCCGACUCACUGGCCGAGGAGGAGGAGGAGGAAGCACUCUACCUGCAGCCUGCACCCAGCUGCACCAUGGCGACUUCCAAUAUGGACGUCCUGCCGUCACCGGAACCUCGCGACCGGCCGUUUGGCAGUCAGAUGUCCAUGGUGAGCAUGCAGACGACGUUCGGGCACCCGGCACAAGAACUCGUCUCCUCGCCGAUGUCCUUGUCGCACUUCCAGCUCGGCUCAAACGAGAGUCUCGACCGAGACCUGUGCGGCAUUAGCAGUAGCCGCAGACAAAGCCGUAAGGACGUGCACGCAGACCUCGAUCUAAGUCAGAGUGCGGGGAUGGGCGCACUGGGAAGGCCCAAAAGCUUCCACCGGUCUGUCCCCAACCUCCAUCCUCAACUGACCAGCUCCAAGUCACACGAAUCCGAUCAGUUUCACCAGCAGCAGCAGCAGGGCCGAUGGUCUCCCCAUUGCUCUAACCUCAGUCUGGACCGGGUGCCAGACUCCCCAAGCAUGUUCACUACGCUUUCGACCGUGUCGUCGGAUCUGCACUCGCAUCUCCACAGAACUAGGAGCAACGGCGCCACUUCCUGCCUCAAAAGAGUGUCUGUAUCGGCCGGAAAUUCAGUCGAGGACCUACCUGGUUUGUAUGCGGAUGUAGAGGGCCGCCAUGACCAGCACGGCCUGAACGCAUCACCCCGGCGCUGGGGUCUGGACGGUACCGCUCCCUCCUUCUCCAGGACGUCACUGUCGGCCGGAAAUUCAGUCGAGGACCCUCCGGAUUUGUAUAUGGAUGUGGAGCAGCGCGGCGCUCCGCAUAGCCAGAGCGGCGCACUGCGACGCUCUGUGUCCACUCACAGCCCGAAGAGCCUGGGGACGGUCUACCGUGACAGCGGCUCGUACAUCGACUUUGCCUUCUCGCGGCAACUGGUCAGCCCCCGGCGACAGCGCAGGCACAGCAUCACGAGCAGCCCGCGCACCAGCAUUGUCAACAGCCGCAGCGUCAGCAGCGUCAUAGCCAACAGCCGCAGCGUUAGCAGCAUUGCCGCCGUGCAGCGCCCUCUGCCCCGCAAGACCCUGAAGCCUGCGUUGCCUGGGGAGGAAGGGCCCGGCCACGCGUUGAGCAGAACGACCAGCGUGCCUCAGGGAGCCAUGGCGCUGCCGCUGCCAAUUUCGGCAAUGAUGGACACGGUUGAUGAAUACAGUGAUCCGUUUGACCGCUGUCGAACAAGACCUAGGAAAGAACCAGAGGAUACGGUCAACGAUGGCGUGCCUCAGGGAGCGAUGAGACUGCCAAUUUCAGCAAUGCACAUUGGUGAUGAAUACAGUGAUCCGUUUGACCGCUGUCGAACAAGACCUAGCAAACAACCGGAGAAGACAGUCAACGAUGGCGUGCCUCAGGGAGCGAUGGCACUGCCUCUGCCAGCUUCAGCAAUGCACUCUGAUGGUCUUUACAGUGAUCCGUUCGACCUUCGACAGACAAGACCUAGCAAAGAACCGGAGGUGACGGCCAACGAAGACAAAUACUCCGUGCCGUUAAAUCUCCUCAUCAAGCCAAAGUAGCCAGACGGCAAACCCAGCAGACACAUACCACCACUACACUGUUCACUGUUCAUGAGAUUCGGUCCCACACAUAUGCUUCAAGUAAUUAUGAUGAUUCUUGUCCACGCUUGCAACCGCCUACACUAACACAUCCGUUUCCUUACGCACCGUUGCGCCCAAUGCAUGAAAACUACUCGCAAGUAAAAAUUGAAAAUGCACAUAAUUUUACCUUUGCUCCUCUUGUCUUAUAGACUUCUAGGCGAAAACUUGUUUCAGCAGUUCUGCUGGCAGACAUUAGAGAAGUAUUUCGAAUAGUUGUAGAUUCACAGAUUUAGCAUAGUAUUAUAGUAUCAAAAAUUUGCAAAUCAUAAUAAAUUACGCUCAAAUCCAUAUUUUUCCUUCUUCGCAGACUGUGCGAAUCCUUUCCUUUUUGUAAUCCGUACAUGUUUUUUCUGCAUCUCUAUACCCGUCUCCCCAUUUCCAUAGCGCGUUCCUUACGCCGUUUGUAGCUUUCAAAUAAUUAUGCACAAUCGCUGAUCAAACACGUCGUAGAAACGUGGUCACAGUUGGCCGUAG